AUGCCGAAAGGAAAGGACAAAUCAAUUAUGGACUUCACUGGUCAAAAGGUCAACGAAUCCCCUCUCGAGGCUCAAUCUCGCAAAGAUGCCAAUUUCGAAGACAUCGAGGCCAAAUUACCCAAACGCUGGAGCAAGACUGAGAUGAGCUUCAUUGAUAAAGGCACCAGCCUCUUGGGUUCGAAGAACCCCUUCGGCAAGAAAGCGGACCCUAAGGACAACAUAGUAUGGCUCCUGGACAAUACAGCAUACAAACCGAUCAAGCCCGGAAAAGAAGUGACCCAGCCAUGGCAAGCCGAAUUCGUGGCUUGCUUCUUCCGUGAAGGUCGAAAAGACUUGACCAAAUAUGUUAGCUCCAUUGCCGACUUGGUUGGGCUGGAUGGCAAAGCUGGCGUUGACGACGCGGCCAGAAAGAGGAUCGAAGAGCGCAUCAAGCCCUUUGUCAUGGCCAUUGCUCCAGCCCGCACAAUUCAGAUUAAGAUUCCCUGCCCAGGCCCGACAGAUAUCCCUCACAAACGUGUUCUCGGACCCUCCAACCUCAAUGGAAUCAGCAGUCAGACCUUACUCACCGGUGGUGCCGAUGAUGCUGACGGAAAAACGGUGGUCUGCACAAGCGAGGGCGACAUCUUCCCCAGUCUAAAAUGCAACACACGAUUUAUCGGUCCCGAGGGUUGGGGCGUCAUUUCAGAUAUCGAUGAUACAGUAAAAGUGACAAUGACCCCGAGUCCCACGGGUAUUCUGCAAUCCACCUUUGCCGACGUUCCCAAGACGACCCCAGGAAUGCCCGAGUUCUACAAGGUCCUUGAUGAGUCUCUGAAAUCUCCGGCUUGGUUCUACCUGUCGGCUUCUCCAUAUAAUCUGUAUCCCUUCCUCCAUGACUUCCUCGAUGGCAACUACCCUCCGGGGACUCUCAUCCUGCGAGAUGCCUCGUGGAUGUAUUUGGGCGGUCUCUUGCAAUCUCUCACUCAAGGUGUGAAAGAAUACAAGACUGAUCGCAUCGACAAGAUCCAAUCUUGGCUUCCGAACCGCAAGUUUAUCUGCAUCGGUGAUUCGACGCAAUCGGACCCUGAGGCGUACGCUGCCAUGUACGCCAAAUAUCCUGAUUGGAUCAAGGCAAUCUACAUCCGCAAGGUCGUUGAAGCACCUCAUAUGGAGACCAAGAACAAGAACGAAAGAUUUAUUGAUGCAUUCAAGGAUGUUCCUGACCAGGUGUGGAGGGUUUUUGUGGACCCGAAAGAAUUAGCGGAUCACUUCAAACAUGUCGCUGGUGUUGCACAUGCGGGUGUGGUUGGCAACAUGCUCGGUCUAUAG